UAAAACACAAAUCAUAAAAUCUUAUCCUGCUCACCAAUCUCCUCCACUCAAAUGGCGCUAACCAUGACCAUCAGCCAUGGCAGCAGUACUGGUGGCGGUAAUGGAGUCCGAAUCCUCUGCGGUAACCCCACCAAACAAUCAUACACCCGCCUCCCUCCUCGACGACGCGUCCUCUUCCCCACCUCCCCCAGAAUUCUUCACUUAACGACCUUCGCAGCCAAAAAGUUCUCCCCCCGAACCGGACGCUUCGACAGCAAGAACCGGAGGAGCGCUCUCACGACGAAAGAACAAGAUGAGGAACAAGAGCAGAAACAAAGGACGGCUGAGAUUGAAGAACAGAAUGUUGUUGUCGGGGUUGGGUUUGAUAACGUUGGUGGGAGUUCUUCCGAGGUUUCGGCUGAUGGGAAACCGUUUCCGGAACUUCCUGGUCUUCAACCUGAUUUGUGGGAAGGUCCUCAGUGGGAUGUUCUUGGUUUCCUUGUUCAGUAUUUGUGGGCUUUUGGCAUUGUUUUCGCGUUAAUUGCGUGUGGGGUUGCUGUGUCUACUUACAAUGAAGGGGCAACAGAUUUUAAGGAGACUCCUGCAUACAAAGAGUCUAUCCAAUCUCAAGAGCUUUUAGAAGAACCUGAGGCCUCUAAUUCAGAUGUAUUUGAAUUAAACCCUACUGAAGUUGCACCUAGUUUGGAGUAGUUGCUGUAAAAUGAACCCAAAAAGUCUUUAUAUCUGGAUUGAUAAACAAAUCACUUGAAGUCAAGCUUUUUCCUUGAUUUGUAAGGCAAUGUCUGUAAUUUACCUUUGCAAAUAUUGUAUCUUAAUGAUUUUGAGAUGAUGUUACAAAUUAUGUGAUAGUCGGCAUACAUUAAAGGCACAGUUGAUACGUCCA